ACAGGCCCCUUCUCCAAUCACAGGACGCGCUGCGGAGAUUGACGGGCGCUGGUGCGUAUCAGAAGCCUCCCUCCCGAAGGCUGGUUGAGGGGCGGGCUAAGCGUUGGGAAGUCUCAGUUCGCAGUGAAAGCAGCAGAGGCAAGGCAUGGCGGAGAGUGACUGGGAUACCGUGACCGUUCUCAGAAAGAAGGGCCCCACCGCCGCGCAGGCCAAGUCCAAGCAGGCAAUAACAGCUGCUCAGAGACGAGGGGAAGAGCUAGAGACAUCGAAAAAAUGGUCGGCAGGUCAAAACAAGCAGCACACAAUCACAAAGAACACAGCCAAGCUGGACAGAGAGACCGAGGAGCUGCACCACGACAGAGUGCCACUAGAAGUGGGCAAAGUCAUUCAGCAGGGCCGGCAGGGCAAAGGCAUGACCCAGAAGGACCUGGCGACGAAAAUCAAUGAGAAACCCCAAGUAAUUGCCGACUAUGAAAGCGGAAAGGCCAUUCCAAACAACCAGGCAUGAAGCUGCGCGGGAAGGACAUUGGAAAACCCGUGGAACCUGGCCCAAAAAAUAAAUGAAGACAAAGCCUCGAAGUCAGUGGCCCCAGCUGAUCUCGCCUGGCCAGUUUAUUUUUUCUAAACAGGCCAGUUAAUUUGUUGCAUUGCCAAGCCGCUACCAACACAUGUGGGGGGUUCAGAUUGUAAUUAUGGUGAAAGGACUGAAUUGAAAAGCAAAAAAACUUCUUACCUGCUGUACAAAAGAUAAUCCUGUAAUGUCACCCAAAAUUAAUCAGUACUUAGUACUACUUCUCCUCUUCAUUAGAUAGCCAGAUUAGAAGCUAAUUUAUGGGCAGUUUUUUAUGUUUGAAAUUAGUGUAAUUUUCAUUUUUGCCCGCCUACCCUUGAUUGAGAAUUGGGAGGGGGGGUUGUUUAUUUUUGCAGAUGGAAGGAAUGAUCAAGAACAUGGGAUGGGGGAUGGAUAAAAAAACACUUCAUCUUGGACGCUUUCAUCUUUCACAUCCUUUCUUGGGAGUAAUUGUAAAAUAAAAAGUUUGUUAUCCUUC